AUGCCAACGAACGCUGACCCCUCCGGGGAUGCGCGCAUUUAUCAGACACAAAACCCAUGCGGGGUGGCCUCUCGGGGCGCCCCGGCCGCUUUGGUGACUCUGGAUAACCUCGAGCCGAUCGCUGGCCCUCCGUGGCGGCGACGUCUCAUUCGAAUAGGGAGCCUGAGAAACGGCUACCACAUCCAAGGAAGGCAGCAGGCGCGCAAAUUACCCACUCCCGACUCGGGGAGGUAG